UUUUAAAAAUCAUUUGAAUCUUUUCAGUUGAAACCAAUGUAUCUUUUUGCGUUUAGCACUAAUGGGUUCUCAUGUGGUUAAUCCAGGGUUCAAAGUAUGAAAAAACAAGCAUGCGCUUAAUUUUACAGUAAACAAUUAAUAAUUGUCAAUUAUCUAACUUUACCGUUUGUUUCUCUUAUCCUGUUAAUAAAAGUUCAGUUGAUUGUAAAUUUGUCAUCAACAUUUUAAUCAGUUUGAUCGACACUAUCAAUCAAACAAUCCAAAAUUUUGCGAUCCAACAUGUAUUUACAAAUCCAUUUCGUUUUCAACGUGUUACAAAGCAUAAUUUUCUUCUAAAUUUUCAAUGCCCUAUGCUCAUCAGCUUUUGAUUAACAAUUAAGUUUACUGAAGAACAAUCAUGGAAUCAAGUGAACCUACUCCAGAAUUAACCAGCGACCUAUCAAAUUACGACGGAUCCGUGAUUAAAGUUGACUUUCCUGAUGGAUCUAGUGAACGCUUUCAUGUUGCCUGGCUACGAGACUCAUGUCAAUGUGAACAGUGUAUAAGUCCACUAACAAAGGAUAAAAAAUUAAACCCUGCAGACAUUGAUUUCAAAAACUUAAAGCCCCUUAAGAUAGUCAACAAUGGGUCCGAACUGUUGAUUGACUGGUACGAUGGAUCUCCACACCAUUCAUGCUACAAGUUAUCUUGGUUGAUGUUGUUCAAAGGAAAAUUUGGUGAAUCAUCUGAACCUCAGGACGGUGUUUAUGCACCUAAAGAGAUAGUCGGUGAAUUUCCCUGGAAUGUAUCAAUUAUUAACCCAAUCUAUGAUCACCAUUAUUCAUUUGAGUCAAUCAUGACAGAUGAUUCAACCCUUGAAUCUUUGCUCAAAGAUAUCCUCUCUUAUGGAAUUGCGUUCGUUUCAGGUGCUCCAACUGAAAAAGAAACUGUUCUAUCAAUUGCUAGGAGAAUCGCUUAUGAAAGGAUUUCUGGAUAUGGAUCAACCUUUGAUGUUGUCGUCAAUCCUUCUCCGGAUGCUCAUUUCAGUUAUUCCUCCAACCCACUGGAGCUUCACACUGAUUUAUGUUAUCGUGAACGUGUACCAGGAAUCCAAAUGCUUCAUUGUAUUAAAGCCGCUGUAAAUGGAGGUGAUUCUUAUUUUGCUGAUGGUCUUUAUUGUUGUCAGCAGUUGCAGAAAUUCCAGCCUGAAAUGUUUGAAAUUUUAACUAAACCCGUAAUGUUUUCCUUUUUUGAUUCGCAAAGAGGUAUUUGGUUCAGACAAAAAUGGCCAGUUAUUGUCACAGAGCCGGGUGAUCAAAAUUCAGUGAUAAUCAAAGAGGUUAAUUUGAGUUACUUUUCAAUGAGAGCUCCUUUACUGCCUCAUGAUCAAAUGGAAAGCUUUUUCACAGCCUUCAAACAAUUGUUCUCGUACACUCGAUGCACUAGUAAUCGACUUUCGUGUAAAUUAAAAGAUGGAGAUGUUGUUAUAUUUAAUAAUCGCCGGGUAUUCCAUGGAAGAGAAGGAUAUGAUUCAUUGAAGGAGAAAAGGUUUCUUCAAGGGUGUUAUAUGGAUUUGGAUGAAAUACAAGGGUUGUAUGAAAAAUUAUCGACAAAAUCGGGUUAAAAUAUUUAUUUAACUCAAUACAGUUGUAAUAACAGUUUAUAAUAUGCAUAUGUUUAUCAUUUGUUACAAAAUAUAUGAAAUAUUAUAUUUUUUGAACUGAUCAAA